AUGGAAGGCGAGCGGGCGCGGGAUGUUAACGCUUCUGCUGCCUGCCCCGGGGCGGGCGGGGGGCAGCGGCGGAGCCGGACGGCAGCUCCGCCGGGCUUCAUCCCGGAGGGCAUCGUCAUCCAAGGACCAAGAGCCUCCCGACACGAGGGGCUGCGCGGGGCGCGGGGCAGGAGAGCGGCUCUGCCCGCCCCGGUUCGGCUGCAGGGGGGCUCCGGCGAAGCCCUGGGCGAGCUCUGCACCACGGGUCCAUCGGAGACGCCAGCCCGUGCCCCGAUCCUGCUGGCAAGGGCUGGGGGUCCCCCGGACGCCCCGGGGUGCCGAGCUGAGGGCUGGCCACACGUACGGGAGCGUGCUGGGUCGGGGCCCCGCUCGCUGGCUGCCCGGUGCUGGUGGCCGUGGCCGUGGCACACAUCUGUGGGGAGAGCCGGAGUGACAUCAGUGGCGAGGACCAGCCCUGUGACGCGAGAUGGUGUGAACACUCUGGGAACCAGCUGGGGCUGUGCAAGGGGUCCGUGGAGGAACUUGGUCUGUGGUGAGCCCCUUCCUUCCCCUUUGCCGGGGCAGAGCCCAGCACCCAGCCGAGCCGAGCAGAGCCCGGCCGAGCCGAGCUGUGGGGAGCAGGACGCGGGAAUGACCAUGGCCCGGGUGACACGGGGGCUGCCUCUCGCCUGCCUGAUGCUGCUCCUGCUCCGCAGAGCCCCGGGUGCAGGUGCCCAGGUGAGUCGGGGCUUCAAGCUGCAGCAGCCCCAGGACAAGGUGUCGGUGGCAGCGGGGGAGACGCUCACCCUGACCUGCACCACGUCUGGAGACGCUCCCCCUGGCCCCGUGAAGUGGCUGAAGGGCUGGGGCAGUGGGAACCAGACCAUCUAUGACCAGACGAACCACCUCACCUAUGGGAUGAGGGCAGUGAAUGACUCCAACACGGACUUCACCAUCCGCAUCAAGGAUGUUCAACCCAAGGAUGCCGGCACCUAUUACUGCGUGAAGUUCCGCAAAUCAGUGGGCGGUGAUGAGGUGUAUCAGCAUGGAAAAGGCACGGAGGUGUCUGUACGUGCCAAACCCACCCCCCCAGUUGUAUCCGGGCCCGAAGACAGAGUGGGGCCAGGGCAAUCGGUGGCUUUCACCUGCACGGCCGGAGGGUUCUUCCCUCAAGACAUCGGUGUGAAAUGGCUCAAGGAUGGGGUCCGCAUCUCGGCUCAGCAGCCAACGAUCACCCCUGGGCAGAUGAAAUCCUCCUACAACAUGGUCAGCACCGUGACGAUGCCACUGGGGGUGGACGACGUCCGCUCACAGGUCGUCUGCGAGGUGCGGCACCCCACGCUGACGGCCCCGCUGAGGGAGACGUACCAGCUCAGGCAAGCCCUGCGAGUUUCCCCCAGCAUCCAGGUGGACGCUGACCCGCCGAGCCCUGUUGGGGUGAACAAGACCGUGAAAUUCACCUGCCACGUGAAGGGGUUUUACCCCAGGGACGUGGCCAUCACCUGGCUGGAGAACGGGACGGAGAUGAACAUGGAGAACGUCUCCCAGCCAGUGGAGACGCCCCAGGGCUUGUUCAAGCUGAGUAGCCUGGUGGAGGUCAAAGCGAUGGAGGAGAAGAACGGGUCCGUGUUCACCUGCCGUGUGGUGCACGAUGCCCAGGAGCCCGUCGACAGGACGGCCACCCUGUGGAUCACUGCCACGUCCAAGUCGGAAACGACAGACUCAUCCCAGACAGUUAACGGUUGGAACCUCCUGUCCAGCCCCGGCUUGUGGCUUGGCAUCCUGCUGGAGAAGGGGCUCCUCGGUGGGCUCCUCCUCUUCCUCUUCAAACGUGCGAUGGCAUGAGGAGGGAAACACGGGGGCAGCCCCCACGUCAUGCUCUCUCUCGGUCCCCCGUUCCUUGGAUGGUGGCACCGGGAGCGGGUCUUGGUGCUCGGCCACCGCGGGCUUUGUCCUGUGUACCUGGAAAUAAAGGGGCUGGGAUACACGGGCCGCCCUGGGCUGAUCUGAUCUACUGGAUCCUGGUGCUGGCACUGCCUGCAUCCUGCA